AUGGAGGUUCAGAGUAAGGAGUUGAAGGGAAGUGGGGUGGCAAAGUCUUCACUAGAAGGAAAAUGUAAUUUGCUUCUAAGGCUUUGUGCUUUGGUGCUAACACUUGUGGCUGUUGGAGUUAUUGUUUCAGAUAAACAGACCAAAGUUGUUCCAAUUAGGAUUUCAGAUUCUUUGCCACCUUUGGAUAUUCCUGUUACUGCUAAGUGGCAUUACAUGUCUGCCUAUGUGUAUUAUGUAGUGGCAAAUGUUAUAGCAUGUGCAUAUGCAACCUUAUCUUUCAUUAUUGCUCUUGCAAAUGGACACAAAAGCAAAUUGUUGGUGAGAUUGAUCACUCUACUUGAUGCAACAAUGGUAGCUUUACUCUUCUCUGGCAAUGGUGCUGCCUUGGCUAUUGGUGUUCUUGCCAAGCAUGGAAACUCACAUGUGUUGUGGAAUAAAGUGUGCAAUGUUUUUGACAAGUUUUGUAACCAAGUUGCUGCUUCAUGUUUGAUUUCACUUCUAGGAUCAUUAGUAUUCCUCUUGCUUGUCAUGCUUCAUGGUUUAAGAAGAACCUAA